GUUGAAGACAAUUCAGAGGACAGCAUGUAGAGGUGGAGAGGAAAGCAAGACCAACACGAAUAGUGACCGGAUAUAGAUGUCUGUGACAAGUAACUCUGGAGUGGACAGGCUGCUGAAGAUCUCCAGGUCAUGCCCUACCUGGUCCACACAGCAAAUCUUCAACUUGCAGGAUUUGCUAUUUCGACUUUGGGCUGGAUUUUGAGUUUCAUUUCCACAGGACUUGUACAGUGGAGAGUGUGGCAUGUAACUAACACCACCUACAUAACUUCUGGCAUUGCUUGGAUUGGUAUCUGGAGGACUUGCUUUUUCAGUCACGUUUUGGUGUCCCCAAACCUAGAAAUCAUGUACUGUCAACCUUUUAGUGUGACUGACUCCUUCGUACCACGAGAAAUAUUUGUGGCACAAGGACUCAUGUUAGUGGCUAUUAUUCUUGGAGCAGCUGGGAAAGCGGUAUGUGUCAUUGGACUAAAAAAUGUCCUUCAAAGUACAAGUGAUAUAUCAGUAAUUCCUCAAUGGUUUACAGCAGGCGGGAUCCUAAUCCUACUUUCCAGCAUUUCCGUUAUGAUUCCUGUGGCCUGGAACAUGCACUCAGUAGUCAGUAAUUUCAGCAUAGUCUUUCCAAGUACAUUUGUCAUGCCGUCCAGUCCUGAGAAGCAGGAAGUUGGAGCCGCCAUCUCUGUGGGGAUUGUCUCUGCCAUUUUACUUUUUACAAGUGGGAUUUUUUUCCUUAGUUAUAGGUUACCUAAGGAUUUUAAUAACAGAGUAUUUCCUAUAAAUGAUGAGGAUUCGAUAUUCUCGGACAGUGUAAGCCUGGGCUCAGGAUUCAUGUUUAACUCCAGGAGCGUUCUAUCAUUGAAACAUUAUUUAAAUGCAACACUAAAGUGUGAUGGAAUUAAAAAUGAUGCCUUUAUCUGGGAGAUAGAUGACAAGCUAUAAGUGCGUAUACAUUAUAUUGUACAUGGUAGAUCACUGUAGCAUUUAAAACCUGUGCGAAUGUCGCCCAUGACAAAAAAUGUGAGCGGCUUGAUUUAUUUUCCAGUCUUAUUGGUUGCUAUUAGCAACAUUGACACCUUUUAUGGACCAGUUACCCCAUAGCAACCAAUCAGGCAAAUAAAAUAUUUUUCCAAUAGUCCUUAAACAUGAUUAGUUGCUAUGGACAGUGCUGACGUCUUUGAUUUUUACAGUUUUUUAUGAGACACUGGGAGAUUUGUCAAAACUAGUGCAAAGGAAAAGUGGGGGAGUUGACCUUAGUAACCUAUGAAUUCACUGUUUUCAUUUUCUGAAGGGUCUGAAUUUGCUCUGCCUUAUCUGAUGAUUCCCAGAAAUGACCAAAUCCAGAACACAUCAUCUAUGUUGUUUGCCGACAUG